AUGAUUCCUAUUCUAGAAGACUUCUUUCCCUCGACAACAGAGGAUGUACAAGGAGAAGAUGAACAACCAACCACAAACCCACAUUUCGAUGACUUAUUUGAGAAAAUUGAAGCUGAAUUGUAUCCUGGUUGUGAUUGGAUUUCGUCUCUCAACUUUUUAGCAAAGCUAUUGCAUUUAAAAGUUAGAGGAAAAAUCCCUAAUAACAUCUUUGAAGAAUUGUUGAAGUUGUUAAAGUUUGCAUUUUCGAAGGAAAAUAAUAUUCCAGCAACUUACUACGAGGAAAAAAAGAGAUUGAAGAAAUUAGGUUUGGGUUAUGACUAUAUCCAUUUCUGUUUGUAUAAUUGUUGCUUAUUUUAUAAGGAGAAUGCAUCUAAGGAGGCUUGUCCAGUUUGCGAAACUAGUAGUUGGGUUACUUCCGAGAACGGUAAAGGAAAAAAAGUUCCUUGUAAAGUCAUGCGAUACUUUCCGUUGACACCUCGACUGAAAAGAUUAUAUAGUUCGAGGAUUACAACGAAGAGCAUGAUAUGGCAUCAUAUUGGAAAAUCAAAAGAUGAUGGGGUGUUGCGACACCUGGUCGAUGGUCUCGCUUGGAAAGACUUUGAUGCAAAACAUCCUGAGUUUGCAAUGGACCCAAGAAAUGUUCGACUGGGGUUAGCUGCUGAUGGAUUUAAUCCAUUUGGCAACAUGAGUCUUGCAUACAACAUGUGGCCAGUGGUGUUGGCUAAUUAUAAUCUACCACCUUGGUUAUGUAUAAAAGAUAAUUAUUUUUCGCUAUCUACCCUAAUUCCUGGUGCAAAAUCUCCGAGUAAAGACAUGGAUAUAUUUUUAAGAACGUUGGUGGAUGAAUUAAAGGAGUUGUGGAAUAAUGGGGUACCAACGAGAGAUAGUUCGACCAACUCGAUGUUCACCAUGCGUGCUGCGCUUCUGUGGACAGCGAAUGAUUUUCCUGCUCGUAGUAGCUUGUCUGGGUGGAGUGGUCAAGGUUAUAAAGCUUGUCCUACUUGUAAUGAAGACACGACGUCCAUUCGAGUGAUCGGGAAGACAUCAUAUGUUGGUCAUAGAAGGUUCUUGCCAAGUAAUCAUGCAAUGAGAAGGGAUACUCGAUUUGAUGGUAAAGUUGAAAGAAGACCUCCUCCAAGACGAUUUACUUGUGAAGAGAUAUUAUCACAAGUUAAUACUCUCGAACCUCAAAUUCCCGAACAUCAUGAAAAUUUUGGGGGCGUGAAACGUAGAAGAGUUGCAGAAACUUCUAAUUGGAGGAAAAACAGUAUUUUCUACGAGUUGGAGUAUUGGAGCACGAAUAUUUUAAAACACAACAUUGAUGUCAUGCAUGUUGAGAAGAAUGUGUGUGACAGUCUCCUAGGAACUAUCUUGGAUAAUGAUAAAUCAAAGGACACAACCAAUGCGCGACAUGAUUUAAAAAAUAUGGGUAUUAGGGAAUCGUUGUGGAUUUAUGAAGAUAGGAAUGGCAGGCUAAUGAAACCGCAUGCUCCUUAUGUUUUGACUCGUGAGAAAAGACAACUAUUUUGUCAGUUUGUUAAAGGAAUCAAGUUUCCCGAUGGCUUUUGUUCAAAUUUAAAGAGCAAAGUUUCUCCAGAUGAGUCUAAUAUUAUUGGGUUAAAAUCCCACGAUUGUCAUGUCAUUAUGCAGCGAGUACUAGCGGUUGGUGUCCGUAAAUUUCUACCUCGUGACACUGCAACCACUAUUACUCAGCUGUUUAAAGAAUUAUGUGGAAACAAGGCACGUCCUGAAGGGUCAAUUGCAGAAGGUUAUGUUGCUAAUGAGGCAGUAACCUUUUGUUCAAUGUACUUUAAAGGGUGUGAAACAAGAUUUAAUCAUCUUGAUCGAAAUGAAGAUGCGCCUUCUGUGUCGCGCUAUCUCUCAGUUUUUAAUUCUCAAUCUCGUCCUUUGACUAGUGGAGUUAUCAAGCCUCUUGAUCGUAUCGGUCGUGAAAAAGAGGAGUGGUACAUUCUUCAAAAUUCUCCUAAAAUUCAAGCUUACUUAGAUGAACAUUUGGAGAAGAUCAGGCAUGAAUAUCCUAAUGGUAACCACGAUGUUUUGCAUAGGCAAACUUUCCGUCCGUGGUUUCAUAAGAAGCAACAUUUUUACGAAGGUUGUGUGGUGAAUGGUGUUCGGUUUAUUGCGUCUAAGCGAGACCAAAAGCGGAAGACACAAAAUAGUGGUGUCACUGUUGCUGGAACUGAAGAGUUUAAUUACUACGGCACACUUAAAGAUGUAAUCACUAUAUCUUAUACUGGUGCAUAUACAGUGACAUUAUUUGAAUGUAAAUGGUAUAACACUAAUCCAUUAAGAAAGAAGACAAUCACUGAAAAUAAUAUAACCAGUAUAAAUAUACGUGGAUUUUGGUAUCAAGAUGAACCGUACAUCCUUGCUAACCAGGCCAAGCAAGUUUUCUAUCUUGAAGAUCCACUCAGAGGUCGCGAUUGGAAGGUUGUUGAAGAUAUUAGCCAUCGACAAAUUUGGGACAUUAAUGACAAUGAAGAUGAGACAGAUGUUAAUGUUGUUAGUGAUUCUAACUCUUCAAAUUUUGUGUUGACGGUUGAUCUUGGAGAGUUGAUUUUGCAAUCGAAUGAACCUCCAGUAAUUGUUGAAUUGUCCGAUCAGUUAGUGGAUUCUAAGAUAGAGAAUAAUGAACUUGAUGAAAAUUAUGUUGCCGAAGAAGUAGAUGAUUUACUAGUUGAACAUGUGGAGGAUGAAAAUGAAAACUUGGUGAAUGAUGGAAAUGAUAGUGAUUCGUCGGUGUAA